AGUAAUGAUCAUAUGGAACAUACUUUGUGCAUCCCUGGUGAUCCUUUCAUUGUCCCUGAUUCAAGAAGUGUCUUCUCAAGCAGUCUCCUGCAAAGGACGCUGCUUUGAAGUCUUUGAAAGAGGACGAGAGUGUGACUGUGAUGCAGACUGUGAAAGAUACGGCAAAUGCUGCCCGGACUACGCCGCACACUGCAAAGAGGCACACAAAGAACUUAAUACUCCUCCACCAACCAAAUCAACAUCUAAAAGGUCAUCCAAAAAUGAGGAAAAGAAGCCAGAGGAAGUAACACAGCCCCAUGAAGUGAUGGAAGAUAGUGGACCAGAAGCCAAAGUGACCAGUCCUGCUCCAACUACAACCCCCGCUGAUACAACCACACCUGAAGCAACUACACCGACUCCAAAACCCACUUUACCACCUACUACAAGUGCUACGACAGCAGCAACAACUCCUCUAGAGGCCACUACGGUUCAGACAGAUGCCCCUGCAACAACAGCAGCACCAACAACCAAGGCAGACCCGCCCACCACCCCCAAACCUGAAGACACAACCCCAGAGGCCACAGAGGCACCAACAACCAAGGUGGACCCUCCCACCACCCCUGAAGUAGAAGAUACAACCCCUGAUGCCACAGAGGAACCAAUCACUGAGGCAGACUCUCCCACACCCCCCAUACCUGAAGACACAAGCCCUGCAGCAACAGAGGAACCAACAACAGAGGAUGACUCUCCUACUACCCCAAAAGCUGAAGACACAACCUUAGAGGCCACAGAGGCAAUAAUAACCGAGGCAGACUCUCCCACAACUCCCAAGUUUGAAGAUACGACCCCUGAGGCUACAGAGGCACCAACAACUGAGGCAGACUCUCCCACCACCACCAAACCUGAAGAGACCACCCCAGAGGCACCAACAACUGAGGCAGACUCUCCCACCACCACCAAACCUGAAGAGACCACCUCAGAGGCACCAACGACCAAGCCAGACUCUUCCACCACCCCCAAACCUGAAGAGACCACCCCAGAAGCACCAACAACUGAGGCUGAAUCUCCCACCACCCCCAAACCUGAAGAGACCACCCCAGAGGCACCAACAACUGAGGCAGACUCUCCCACCACCACCAAACCUGAAGAGACCACCCCAGAAGCACCAACAACUGAGGCUGAAUCUCCCACCACCCCCAAACCUGAAGAGACCACCCCAGAGGCACCAACAACUGAGGCAGACUCUCCCACCACCCCCAAACCUGAAGAGACCACCCCAGAAGCCCCAACAACCAAGCCAGACUCUCCCACCACCCCCAAACCUGAAGAGACCACCCCAGAAGCCCCAACGACCAAGCCAGACUCUCCCACCACCCCCAAACCUGAAGAGACCACCCCAGAGGCACCAACAACCAAGCCAGAAUCUCCCACCACCCCCAAACCUGAAGAGACCACCCCAGAGGCACCAACAACUGAGGCUGACUCUCCCACCACCCCCAAACCUGAAGAGACCACCCCAGAAGCACCAACGACCAAGCCAGACUCUCCCACCACCCCCAAACCUGAAGAGACCACCCCAGAGGCACCAACGACCAAGCCAGACUCUCCCACCACCCUCAAACCUGAAGAGACCACCCCAGAGGCACCAACAACUGAGGCUGACUCUCCCACCACCCCCAAACCUGAAGAGACCACCCCAGAGGCACCAACGACCAAGCCAGAAUCUCCCACCACCCCCAAACCUGAAGAGACCACCCCAGAAGCCCCAACGACCAAGCCAGACUCUCCCACCACCCCCAAACCUGAAGAGACCACCCCAGAAGCACCAACGACCAAGCCAGACUCUCCCACCACCCCCAAACCUGAAGAGACCACCCCAGAGGCACCAACAACCAAGCCAGAAUCUCCCACCACCCCCAAACCUGAAGAGACCACCCCAGAGGCACCAACGACCAAGCCAGACUCUCCCACCACCCCCAAACCUGAAGAGACCACCCCAGAAGCCCCAAUGACCAAGCCAGACUCUCCCACCACCCCCAAACCUGAAGAGACCACCCCAGAAGCCCCAACGACCAAGCCAGACUCUCCCACCACCCCUAAACCUGAAGAGACCACCCCAGAGGCACCAAUGACCAAGCCAGACUCUCCCACCACCCCCAAACCUGAAGAGACCACCCCAGAAGCACCAACGACCAAGCCAGACUCUCCCACUACCCCUAAACCUGAAGAGACCACCCCAGAGGCACCAACAACUGAGGCUGACUCUCCCACCACCCCCAAACCUGAAGAGACCACCCCAGAAGCACCAACAACUGAGGCUGACUCUCCCACCACCCCCAAACCUGAAGAGACCACCCCAGAGGCACCAACGACCAAGCCAGACUUCCCCACCACCCCCAAACCUGAAGAGACCACCCCAGAAGCACCAACAACUGAGGCUGACUCUCUCACCACCCCCAAACCUGAAGAGACCACCCCAGAAGCACCAACAACCAAGCCAGACUCUCCCACCACCCCCAAACCUGAAGAGACCACCCCAGAAGCCCCAACAACCAAGCCAGACUCUCCCACCACCCCCAAACCUGAAGAGACCACCCCAGAAGCCCCAACGACCAAGCCAGACUCUCCCACUACCCCUAAACCUGAAGAGACCACCCCAGAGGCACCAACGACCAAGCCAGACUCUCCCACCACCCCCAAACCUGAAGAGACCACCCCAGAAGCCCCAACGACCAAGCCAGACUCUCCCACCACCCCCAAACCUGAAGAGACCACCCCAGAGGCACCAACGACCAAGCCAGACUCUCCCACCACCCCCAAACCUGAAGAGACCACCCCAGAGGCACCUACGACCAAGCCAGACUCUCCCACCACCCCCAAACCUGAAGAGACCACCCCAGAAGCACCAACGACCAAGCCAGACUUUCCCACCACCCCCAAACCUGAAGAGACCACCCCAGAGGCACCAACGACCAAGGCAGAGUUUCUCAUCACCCCUAAAUUGGUGUUGGCAACGGCAGCUAGGGCUACUGAGAUUGUUACAAUAAUUGACAAAAAAGACAAAACCACACCUAAAACUGUUGUUACUCCUAUAACCAAAGAGCCAACAACUGUAGAGACAACUACGGUGAGCAAAGAGGUAACGACACCCAAGAAAGACAAGACUACUGUGCUUAAAGACACCUUUACAGCAGCCAGUAGGAAAGACACAAGUACCGUAAGGACGGUGACAACAGCUAAACCAGAUGAUUCUCCUAAAGCUGUAACCACAGCAGCUGAAUCAGAAGCAACUCCUGCAGGCAAAAUGACAACAACAACUAAGCCGACUUUAUCAGCAGCAGCCAAAGAGAGCACAGGUGCUACCUGUGUUGUUGUAGUGAGCACAACAGCUAGUAAAAAAGAGGUAACAACCAUCAAAGAAACGAGCAUCACACCUGAAAAAGAAAUGGAUGAUGGCACUGAAAAAGCCCCUACUAUUGAAAAGGGAGAGGAAACUACAGUUACCCAAGAGACCACUACAAGAGAGAAAAAAGACACAAUAGAAGAAAUGUUUAUAAUUUCUAAUGGGACAUCUAAGCCAACUAUACAUUUCCAGGAGGUGCCCGACAUGAGAGAGGAGACCAACUCUGAAACUCUGCCAGGAAAAGAAGAGCCUGAGACAAACGACAAGCCUUUAGUGGAGACUGCAGACUUACCAGCGUUAACUGGAGAAACACAAGCGCUGCAGGACGAGAAGGACCUGUGCAGCGGGAAGCCGGCCGAUGGCAUGGUGGCCCUGCCGAACGGCACCCUGGCUGUCUUCCGAGGUCACUACUACUGGCUGCUGAACGGCAGGAGCCCCCCGAGCCCCGAGCCCCGCCGCAUCAGCGACGGCUGGGGCCUCCCCUCCCCCAUCGACGCCGUCUUCUCCCGCUGCAACUGCGACGGCAAGACCUUCUUCAUCAAGGGUCCCCUAUACUGGCGUUUCACCAACGGUGUUAUGGAUAAAGGCUAUCCCAAACCCCUUGCCAAUGGAUUUGCAGGGCUAAGUGGGAAAAUAGUGGCAACCCUCCCUGUGGCAAGAUACAACAGCAGACCAGAAUCUGUUUACUUCCUCAAAAAAGAUGGCAACAUGCAACAGUAUGUGUACAGACAAGAACCAGCCAAGAAGUGUCAGAGAAGGAGGACCCAGGUUACCAUAAGAUACCCAGCUUAUGUCCCAAGGCUCGUGAUAAGGAGACGCUUCCAGCGCGCGCUGAGAACACCAACCGUCAUUCAGAGCGUCAGAAUCAACCCGCACCCAUCUGGAGUUCUGCGCAAGGAAGUCAAAACAGCCACCUACUGGAGAGGGCUCCCCAAAGUCAUCCACUCAACCAUCUCUCUACCCAACCACAACAAACCAGAUGGCUACGACUAUUAUGCCUUCUCUUACAACCGGUACUACAGCCUGGAUGUGGGCAAAAGGAUAGCAAGACCUGUCACUGCUCUGACAGGAAAGACUGUCUCCAAAGACUGGUACAACUGUCCUACCAAGUGA